AUGCUAACUCGUGCAAGAAUAGCGCUUGCAAGGACACAACAGAUGGAAGUGCCUGUGAAAAAUCUUGUGAACCUCCAGCACAUCUACACUGAGAAACCUGGCGCUUGUCCUAAAAUAAAAAACCAGUCCAAUUAUGAGUGUACUGCCCUCUGUCACCUGGACGGAGAUUGUCCUGAGACCGAAAAGUGCUGUUCUUAUGGCUGCAGCAGGCAGUGUGUCCUGCCGAAAGGACGAGAUCCGCGAUUGCUACCAAUACCGGGCUCCAUCUCUGUCCAAGAAAGGAAGAGGAAACGCUCAAUUAUUAUACGCUGGGUGAUGCAGAAGCUCACUCGAGAGCAAAAUGCUGCCAAUUCAAAUCUGUAUGUGGUGCAGUGGCGGUGGGGUCUACACCCUGAAGGCGAAAGUAUGACGGAAUGGCAAACGGUCACUGUGAGGAACAAGCCAUAUGCAAUAUUGAAACAUCUGCUCUCACCUGGACGGUACUAUGAGUUCCGUGUGGGAGCUCUAUCCUGGGCUGUGUCCUCACCUUCUGAAGCAAAUGCUUUCGAGGAGAUGAUGCGACGUCGCGCCACACUUACGACACAUGAAAAGCGAAGUCUUGACGAGGAAGAAGAGGCGUGGGGCAUCGACGGACGGGAUAGGCAUUCUGUAAUUGUGCCAAGCCACACUACUCAGUCGGAACUGUCAGGACUGUUUCCAAACUCCGUCUAUAUCGUUGAGAUCCACGCUUCCGUCGACUCCAGCGAAGGUGAACUUCACGGGGAGAAAGGCAUUCUUUUUUUUAAGACGUUGAAUGCUACCUCAUCAGAAAUCGUUCAGGACCCACCUAUCGAUCAAACCGGCUUUGAUUUGGCAGUGCCGACAACUACUGACGAGGACGAAGACGAGACCACUGACGACAAUGUGGAUAUACAAACGCCGUACUUUGAUGGAGAGCUUCGGACGACCGUUAACUGGGUCAACUCUCGGGCCUGCUCACCGGAAAAGAAAACAUUCGUGGUGACAGUAAAGCACGUCCAUGCUACCGUAUCCUGCCACUGGGUACGAGAUCGAGGAACAAAUGCAGAUACCGUAAUUGGGUACCGGGCUGCAUUGUCGUCACCAGUUCGUGAUGACACGAAUAUCACGAUUCUAGCCCCACAGACAAGAGAGGUGCAUGAGAAUUAUGAGAAUUUGGUACCAUCUACAAUGUAUACUCUGCAAAUUCAACCUAUCACAAAUCGCGGUAUGUGCAAGACAUUGUCUAGCAAUUUCGUGACGCAUUCCAAGAUCCUCGAUGAAAACGUUAUCGAACGGUUCCCUGGUGGGGAAAUUAUUGAAUUACCCUUGGAAGCCUCAGCUAUGUCACUGCCACUCUUUUCCACCUUUAUUCUGUUAUUUUCACUUAUUGUGCUGUUGCGAGCAGUCCCAACACUCAAAUAG